UUAAAUCCAUUCGCUCAAAGCUAAUUUUUAAAAAGUUAACACUUGUUUCAAAACUCGUCAGAAUAAUAUUGUAAAAAUGGCAGCAAAGAAAGUAGGAGACUCGGCCGAACUCAACUACGACAUGAACUACAAUUUGUUUCUGCUGAAGACUUCUAUGCAGAAUUUGAAAACGGCACAGGAAAAACACAACGUGAACCGCUGGGUGCACAAACUGUUGGCGAGCAACAAGACGGUCGCCGAGAUGAAGCUCCGGAACGACUUCAUGUUCCACUUGGUGACGGCCGUCCAGGAGGGCGAGAUCCGGGCGCCGUUCAACCAGUAUCCGCCGUCGUCGCCACUCAGCAGCCUGACGUACCUGCUGACGGGCAGCUCGCCCAGUUCCAGUGGCAAGGACGCGAAAAAAGGAGCCGGCGCCUGGGAGUGCGAUCUGCCCAGCGAGGACACCGACAAGCCCAUGUUGUACAGGCAAUCGCCGGACGGCGGCGCCUUUUUGGCCGCACAGCCUGUGCCCAAGUGCGGAGCGUUCUGUUACUUGGCCGUGGUCAGCAAGCCGCCCGCCAAGGACGACAAGCCCAAACUGUGAUAAUACCGCAAACGAAAUAAAUACGAUCCGUUGGACAUUUGCGUCGGCGUGGUUUUUUUCGCUGCGUUGUCGUUCGAGGGUUAGG